ACGAAGUAGAUGAAAAUCUGCUAAAAAAGAAAAAAAUUCGAACGAUUUGAAAACGCACACACAAUUGUGAUGAACUGAAACGCUCCUGGAAAUUAAUUAUUUGCUAAAUAAACAAAAUAAAAUAUAUUUGAAUUGUUGUUUUUUUCGUUGUUCGUUUUUCAUUUCAAUAUUUAUUUAAAAUAAUUGAAAAUGAUGAGUGUUGGCUAUUUGUGUUUUAUGAUUUAAUUUCAAAACAUAAAGAAAAGGAAUUUCGUUUAACAAAUUUAAGAAAUAAAUAAAUUGAAGUAACAAAUAAUUAACUAGUGAUAUUUAAAAUCUAAUAUAUUUAGUAGCAGAAAAACAAUUUUCCAUAAUGGAAAAUGUAAGAUUUUCUAUUAUUGAGAACGAUUUAAAACGUAAUUCCGAGAGUGGUGGCAUUGACAAUGAGGUGUUCUACGAUAAACGCAGCAUUUCAAGUGAAAGUAACAGCGAUGCAUUAUUCAGCGAUGAGGCGCAUGAGAUUUUCAUGUCUCAACAGCAAAACAAAGUCCUAUGGGACAGUCAAGAAAUCGAGGAAACUUUAGCUCAGGCCAACAAUGCCGAUGAGGUGUUUCGUAUGGUGAAGACGGGUACAUUCACCGAACUCGAGCCAGCCUCAAAUGAUGCCCAGCUGGCAUUGCUCUAUUGUUCCAUAUAUGGUUGUGUAGAGCAUAUAAGCUAUUUGCUUGAUCACUGUGGCAGUGUGCCAAAUUGCUGUGAUCCUCGUGGUCGAACGCCUUUGCAUUUCGCCUGUUGUCGUGGUAAUGCUCAUAUAGCCAAAGUAUUGCUGGAUCGUGGUGCCGAUCCGAAUCGUUGGGAUGCUGAAAAGGAGGUAACACCUCUCCAUUGUGCGGCAAGUGCUAAAAGUGUUGAAUGUAUACUGCUGUUGCUGAAGCGUAAAGCUCACAUCAAUAUUGGCCUUGAAAAGCGUUCGGCCUUACAUUUUGCUAUUGAUCGCAAUGCCAUUGAAUGUGUGGAGACUCUAUUGAAAUAUGGCGCUGACCCAAAUACCCCACAAGUCUAUACGGAAACUCCGCUGCAUACGGCAUGUGCUCUCGGCUAUGCCAAAUCGGUUGAACUGUUAUUGAGUCAUGGUGCCGAUGUUCGUUCUCAGUUUGGAGAGGGUAAACUGACAGCAUUGCAUUUGGCUGCUGAAAAUGAUUAUGUUGAAUGUGUUAGUCUUCUAUUGGAAAAUGGCGCAGAGGUGGACUGCCGCAAUGCUAGUCAUCAGACGCCCCUACAUUUGGCCUGUCUCUCACAAUCAAUGGAAACUGUGGAAAUGCUUAUAACGCAUGGAGCUAAUGUAAAUGCUAUAUAUCGGGAUGGGAGAACGGCAUUACAUGCGGCCAUAGUAAAACAAUCACGCUGCCUGGACUGUUGUAAUGUGUUGCUGAAAGCGGGUGCCAAUGUCAAUAAGGCGGAUAAUUAUGGCUAUACACCGUUACAUAUAGCGGCUUUAAAUGAAUUUAGCAAUUGCGUUUACACUUUUAUAGAACAUGGUGCCGAUAUCACCGCCCGCACAGAUGGCAAUGUUUCAGCUUUGUCGUUCAUAGUACGCCGUACACCCGAAAUUAUACCCAAACUAAUGGCCAAAUUCGAUGCUUCCAUUAAAGUGAAUGAUCAUGAAAUCGGUGAUGUUGAUUGUGAGAUUAAAUUGGAUUUUCGUUUGCUGGUGCCACCCGGCUCAUUAGAGCGCGGCGAAACCGAAUUGCUAUUGUCCCUGAUCGAAGUGGGUCAGAAGCGUAUAAUUAUGCAUCCGUUGUGUGAAACGUUUCUGUUUUUAAAAUGGCGUCGAAUACGUAAAUUUUUCCUCAUGUCUCUGCUAUAUCAUGCCAUUUAUGUUAUACUAUUCACUCUGUACAUUGUGGGGGUCUAUGCCCACAGCUGUGAACAGGACAAAGAGUGUGUGGGUCGAUCUUAUAUACCUACAGUGGGAUAUUUUGUUAUAAUUUUAAAUAUAAUCUUAUUGGGUAAAGAAGUGUUUCAGAUGGCUCAUGGUCUGCAGGGUUAUGCGAAAUACUGGGAAAAUUGGCUGCAAUGGGCAAUUAUUUUGGGAGUUUUAUUGUGUGUGACCCCCCAAAUAUUGAUAGUUGGCAAACUACAAGAGGUUCCGGUUUGGCAGCAUCAUGUAGCGGCCGUUGUGGUUCUACUGGUAUGGGUCGAAUUAAUGAUGUUAGUGGGCCGAUUUCCCAUAUUUGGUGUUUAUGUGCAAAUGUUUACAAAAGUGGCGGUGAAUUUUGGAAAAUUUCUCUUGGCCUAUAUUUGUUUACUGAUAGCAUUUGGCUUAAGUUUUUCAGUAUUAUUUAAUGAUUACAAAGCCUUUGAAAGUAUUACCUGGUCUCUUUUAAAAUCCAUAACAAUGAUGUCGGGAGAAUUAGAAUUCGAAGAUAUAUUUUAUGGUGAUGUCCCAGUUAAAUAUCCCGUAACCUCACAUUUUAUAUUUCUCAGCUUUGUGCUCUUGGUUACCGUGAUCUUAACUAAUCUCAUGGUGGGUUUGGCGGUCAGCGAUAUUCAGGGUCUACAAGUUUCUGCUACCCUCGAUCGUUUGGUACGUCAGGCCGAAUUAGUAUCACGACUGGAAAGUUUAUUCUUUUCCCGCCUGCUAAGAGGAGCUCCUACCAAAAUUUUAAAACUUUGCAAACGUAGUGCUCUCUUAAGAACCUCACGUAAUAAACUGAUGUUUAUUAUAAGGCCCAAUGACCCCAGAGACAGUCAAUUGCCUGAAGAUAUUAAACUAAAUAUUUAUAAGCUAGUAGCCGAGCGCAGGGAUCGUAAUAUGAGCAUACGUAGGCGAAAAUUUGAAAGUAAUUAUUCAAUGUUUCAGAGAUCUCUGCAGCGCCAAAAUUCACCCAUACGCAAGGAGCGAACACCGUUGCGUAAUAACAUAACGGAUUUGUAUGAGAAGAAAGAAAUGCAGCGUGGCGAAAACGAACAAUUACUAAGGCCACGCUCGGCUACGAAUGUACCGAAUGUUUUAGCGGGUGAAUCGGAUUUGGCGGUUAAAUUAAAAAGUCAUGUUAAUAGUAUAUCAGAUGUUAGAUCGGAGAUUCAAUUACUUAAGACACAAAUAACCGAUAUGAUGGAUAAAUUUGAUAAAUUUAUGGAUUGUACGGCGAAAAAAUUAAAUUUCACCGUAGAGGAGUUGUGUCGCAUCAAAAUGUUGUUGGAUCAAAAAUCCAAUAUGAGACCAGAAAAAACUUUUAAAGUUUGAUUUUAUACACAGCCCUAGGGACAAAAACAAAGUAUUAUUUUAUUAUUUUUAUAAAAAUACCUUCACAUGUGCUAUUUUUUUAUAAGUGCCUUAAAUGUUAAAUGUAGCCUUAACACUUUUUUUAUUAUUUAUUUAAAAAUGUUCUUAAUUAACAUAGACUUUAUAAGUAUAUUGAAGUAUACGUAAUAAAUAUAGUUAUGAACUAUA